AUGGGGUUUGAUGACGCGUUUCAGGUUAUAGGGUUUGUGGGAGGCUGCAUGUUUCCCCUGUCCACAGCGGCUCAGACGUACAAGGUUCUUAGGACCAAAUCAGCCACCGAUAUAAGCUACGCCUGGCAAUUCAUUUUUGCUCUCGCGCAUCUUCUCUACCUCGUAUAUUCCAUACAUUUCGGCUUAUGGGUCAUUUACAUCCCUCAAUCCGUGGAAAUUGCGCUCUUGAUCUUCAUGAUUGCUGCCAAAGUGUAUUUUGACAAUUUCGGACCCAGGAGCAAGCUCACACGUGCCACCGCGAAGAGUUCGUCCACCACAGCCAUGUUGAGUGUCGGACAAGGUUUGUCGUCGUCGUCUUCCUCCGUAUUCCGUAGCCCACACACCACCCUUCAGCUCUCAAGGCUCAUCAUCCAUCCUUCGUUCAUGUCCGAUCUAGAACUCGAGGUUCCUGGGGCCUUCGACCCGUUUGCUGACGCGAAUGCUGCUGAUGAUCCUGGAGCCGGAACUAAGGAUUACGUCCAUAUCCGUAUCCAGCAACGGAAUGGUCGUAAGAGCCUGACAACUGUUCAAGGCCUGAAUAAAGAAUUCAAUUACAACAAGAUAUUGAAGGAUUUCAAGAAGGAGUUCUGCUGCAACGGAACCGUCGUUCAAGACAUCGAACUUGGUCAGGUCAUUCAGCUUCAGGGCGACCAGCGGAAGAACGUUUCGGCGUUCCUCAUUCAGGCUGGUAUUGCGAAGAAGGACCUCAUAAAGAUGCAUGGUUUCUAA